AUGGCGAAUGAAGGGCCGCCGACCCCAGAGGCGGUCAAUGCAGCGAUGGAGGAGGUGCCCACAGCGGGCCCCCUGGCGAGCAGCUACUGGCACACCUUGCGAGAGAUGAAACAGAAAGGCGCGGAUGUGGACCCCGAUGGCCCUGUGCAUUUCAAGCUCUGCGGGGCCCUGAAGAAGCUGGGGCUCACCAAAAUUGGCAUGCGCACGUUCAAAGAGUGGGCCGACAGAGUGACGCAGUUCGUCAAAGAAGAACGGGAGGUGCGGCUGGUGCAGAAAGAGGCUUUCCCGGAUGCGGGGAAGGACAAAAGAGUCAGCUUCUGGCUUCUCGGGCCCAGCGAGGCCCAGGGAGUCGACCACGACAGGGCGUGGGUCUUGGAUGCUCACGCCCCCGCCGGGCCGCGCGCGCGCGGGACCAUCAGGCGCGCGAUCGGUUGGAGAGCUACGAAGGACAGGGGCUCGAAGAAACCGCGCCUCGAGGAUGGCGACGCCCAUCCUUCGGGGCAGAGUUGCGGCGCCGCAGUCGCCGGAGGGUCCGGCCUAGCGGCGGCCCCGCCGGGCACGGCGCCGGCCUCGGCGACUCCGGCAGCGGCCUCGUCGGGCAUGGCGUCGGGGGGGGCGGAGGCGGCGCCCGAGCGGAAGCGGAGGGAGACUCUGGCCGAGCACGUCAGCAGCGAGGACAACGACGACGUGCCCAUCAAGACCCUCUGGUUGGACUGCCAGAAGGCUUGCGAGGCCGGCCGCUUCUACGUGCCAGGAGAGACGGACACGGCCCAAUUCCGGGCGAAGAUGUACGUUGGCUACUUGAAAAAACAGAAGGCCGUCCACAUGAAGAGGGAUUCGGAGAAAUCGUUUGCUAAUGAGCUGUCCGCUGAGUCUAUGGAUUUCUUUCAAUACUUCGUCGAUUGGAUCCUGAAGGGGAAGACGCACGAGGCGAUCCGCCACUUCGCGCCGCUCUUCCGCGAGGCCAAGGAGCUGCACCCCGCCUUGGUCCCGAAGAUUGCGCAGGCGAUCUGCAGCAUCGGCGAAGUGGACCUCCUGGUUCAGUUCUCGGGCUCAGAGAGCGAGCUCGAGUAG